AUGAGCUCGUCGGAGGAGAACUUUGAUAUGGACGUGUCCGGCUCCGAGUUGGAUGACUACGCCCCUGCUCCUAAGAAAACCACGAAGGCCGCUGCGAAACCCAAGGCGACGACGAAGGCCACUUUGAAACCCGCCGCGAAAUCGAAGGCCUCGGCGUCCAAGAAGAAGGUGCUCGUGGACAAGGACGACAACGCGAGCGAUGCAGACCCGGAUGAAGACGAGGACGACGCAUUUUCGAGUGAGAAGCCUGCCGCGCCUGCAAAGAACAAGACCGCAUCUGAGACAUAUCAGAAGCUUACACAACUAGAACACAUUCUCAAACGACCGGAUUCUUACAUUGGAAGCGUAGAGAAGAUCACACAGCCAAUGUGGGUCUGGGACUCGGAGACCAAGCGCAUGGUGAACCGCGAGAUUACCUAUGUUCCUGGUUUCUUCAAGAUUGUGGACGAGAUUCUUGUAAAUGCCGCAGAUAACAAGAUAAACGACCCAAGCAUGGACACUAUCAAGGUCACCGUAGACCCAGAGAACAACACGAUCUCCGUUUUCAAUAAUGGACGCGGUAUUCCUAUCGAGAUGCACUCCACGGAGAAGGUCUACAUUCCGGAGCUCAUCUUUGGACACCUCCUUUCCUCGAGUAACUACGACGACGACGAGAAGAAGCUUACUGGUGGUCGUAAUGGCUACGGUGCUAAGCUAGCGAACAUCUACUCGACCGAGUUCACGGUUGACACCGCGGACAAGAACACUGCACAACGCUAUGUUCAGACGUGGACGGAUAACAUGGGGAAGAUGGGCAAGGCGAAGAUCACCAAGAACUCGAAGAAGGAGGAGCACACACGCGUUACUUUUAAGCCCGACUUGAAGCGCUUCGGUAUGGACUCGAUCGACGAGCACGCACUCGCGCUCCUCAAGAAGCGCGUCUAUGACAUGGCCGGUACUACCAAAGACGUCAAGGUAUUUCUGAACGACGAACGAAUCAAGGUUAAAGGCUUCAAGCAGUACGUCGAACUCUACCUCAACUCCGUCGCGGAGCAGGCGCAGGAAGAGUCUGGUGGCGCCGCGCUGGUGAAGCCGACGAUGAUCUACGAGACCAUUAGCUCUCGCUGGGAAGUCGCGUUUGCCGUCUCCGACGGUACCUUCCAACACGUUGCAUUUGCCAACUCUAUCGCCACGACCAAGGGCGGUACACAUGUCACCUGCAUCGCCGACCAGAUUGCGAAGAACCUUGCUGCUAACAUCCAGAAGAAGAACAAGGGUGCCGCGGUCAAGCCCGCGCAUAUCAAGAGCCACAUGUGGAUCUUCGUCAAUGCGCUCAUCGAGAAUCCAACGUUCGACAGUCAGACCAAGGAACAAUUGACGCUCCCUGCCGGCAAGUUCGGAACAAGGCCGACGCUGUCCGAGGAUUUCAUGAAGAAAGUCCAGAAAUCUUCGAUUAUUGAUCAAAUCCUCAACUGGGCAAACCGCAAGGCCGACAAGGAGCUGAAGAAGACUGACGGGAAAGGACGCAACAGGAUCAAAGGCCUCACUAAGUUGUCCGACGCAAACAACGCCGGUACCAGAGGCGCGCAAAAUUGCACUCUCAUCUUGACAGAAGGAGACUCCGCCAAAUCCUUAGCCGUGGCUGGUCUCAGUGUCAUUGGGCGCGACAACUACGGAGUGUUUCCACUUCGAGGGAAGCUCCUAAACGUCCGCGAAGCCAAGCACGACCAGAUCAUGAAGAACGAAGAGAUUCAAAACAUCAAGAAGAUUCUUGGCCUUCAGCAUAACAAGGAUUACAAGGAUACGAACGAUCUGCGGUACGGCCAGCUCAUGAUUAUGACUGAUCAGGAUCACGAUGGAUCACAUAUCAAGGGUCUUAUUCUCAACUAUCUGGAUCACUUUUAUCCUUCGCUGCUCAAGAUCCCCAAGUUCCUGGUCGAGUUUGUGACGCCUAUUGUUCGCGUAACCAAGGGGAAUCAGAAGAUCAACUUUUUCACAAUCCCCGAGUAUGAGCAGUGGCUGGAAAACACUCCGGAUUCGCACAAGUGGAAGUCCAAAUAUUACAAGGGUCUUGGUACGAGCAAGGACGAGGACGCCCGGGAGUACUUCAGCAGGAUGAACAAGCACAUGAUCCCGUUUGCGACCGUCAAGGACGGUGAACGCGAUCUCAUCGAUUUAGCUUUCAGCAAGAAGAAGGCGGACGACCGUAAGGAGUGGUUGCGUAACCUCGAGCCGGGAACCUACCUGGACCACAACACCAGGGAGAUCUCGGUUUCAGACUUUAUCAAUCGCGAGCUCAUCUUGUUCUCGUAUGCGGACAAUGUUCGGUCCAUCCCCUCGGUUGCAGAUGGCCUCAAGCCCGGUCAGCGGAAGGUCAUCUGGGGUUGUUUCAAGCGUAAGCUGAAAAACGAAAUCAAGGUUGCGCAACUCGUCGGUUACAUUUCGGAAAAGGCUGCCUACCACCACGGCGAACAGAGCUUGAUGAUGACGAUCGUCAACCUGGCGCAGGAUUUUAUCGGCAGCAACAAUGUCAACUUGCUCAUGCCCAACGGCCAGUUUGGUACACGCGACCAGGGCGGCAAGGACCAUGCCUCGGCCAGGUAUAUUUUCACGGAGCCGUCGCCAAUGGCGCGGGUGCUGUUACAUUCUGGAGAUGACCCGCUGCUCAACUACCUCAAGGACGACACGACCGAUAUCGAACCGGAGUGGUACAUGCCGGUUCUACCGCUCAUCCUCGUGAAUGGCGCCGAGGGUAUUGGUACCGGCUGGAGCACGAACGUCCCGUGUUACAACCCUGUCGACAUCGUCGCGAACAUCCGCCGUCGCAUGAACGGCGAGGAGAUGGUACCGAUGCUUCCCUGGUGGCGCGGCUUCAGGGGCACCAUCAAGAAGACGGGCGAUCACAAAUACGAUGUCACCGGUAUCAUCAACAAGAUUGAUGACACCACGGUUGAAAUCACCGAGUUGCCAAUACACAAGUGGACUCAAAACUACAAACAGGAGCUUGAGACCAUGAUGGGCGAAAAGGGUGAAGGUCCCGUCAAGGACUACAAAGAAUACCACGACAAUAUGAACGUCCACUUCGUUGUUACGCUCAGCGAGAAGGACAUGGAGAAGGCGGAAGCGCAGGGCUUAUACGAGUUCUUCAAGCUCACGGGCAAGAUCAACACGAGUAACAUGAUAUGUUUCGACUUUGACGGCAAGAUCAAGAAGUAUGGCUCGCCCGAGGAGAUCGUUGAGGACUUCUAUCCCGUUCGCUUAGCAUGGUAUCAGAAACGCAAGGAUCACAUGGCGGAGCAGCUCCAGCUAGAGCUCGAGCGAUCGACGAACCAAGCGCGCUUUAUCUCCAUGAUUGUCUCGAAGGAGCUCGUUGUCUCCGGGCGCAAGAAGGCCGACGUCAUCAUUGACCUACGCAAGAAAGAAUUUCGGCCCUUUCCCAAGAUCUCGAAGGCCAAGGCCGCUGGCGAGACUGAGGAGGUCGUCGAGAACGGCGAUGAGGACGAGCAGGAGGACAACGACGGAGCGCACGACUACGACUACCUUUUGAACAUGGCGAUCUACAGUCUGACAAAGGAGAGGAUCGAGAAGCUCAAGAAGCAAGCAGCGGACAAGGAAGCUGAGCUUUUGAAGUUGCUCGAGUUAACACCUAUUCAGAUGUGGAACACCGACCUCGAUAACUUCCUUGAACAAUGGAAGAUGAGUUCCGAGGCGUGGAACGAUAGGGCCAUCGAACCGGGCCAGGUUGCCAAGAAGAGCAAGCGCAAGCAGCCAACUCUCGCAGCGAUCAUGAAGAAAGCAGCGAAGAAAGAGAAAGACGAGGAUGACGAGGACGACUUUAAGCCUGGCAAGGCUGGCGCGUCUAAGUCUCGGAAGGCACUAGAUCCGAAGCCCGUCAAAAAAUCGCCGCCCACGGCACCUGUCGUUACGAAGGCAGAAGUCAAAGACGAGGAUUCUGAAGACGACUACAUCAAGCCGGCUGCCAAGAAACCGCCGGCGAAGAAACCUCUGGCGAAGAAGAUCAAGUCCGAAGACGAGGACUCGGACGACAAUUACGCCAAGCCUUCGACGAAAAAGGUACCUACGAAGAAAACUUUGGCGAAGGUCGAGUCUGAGUCUGACGUUGAAAGGGUGGAAGAGAAGAAACCGAUACCGCCAUCGAAGCGGAAGAAGCCUGCGGUGCCAGACGACUCGGACUCUGAGGUCGAGGUUGUGGCAUCGAAAGAGAAGGGUAAGGCGAGGGCUGCACCGGCUGCAGUGAAGCGCAAGAGGUAUGUCGUCUCGCUUGUCCAUUAUAAAAGCGCUGAGCUCAUGUCUCGCAGUCCUGGAAGCGACGCUGAGUCUGAUGACGAGAUGUCUCUCAAGCCCGCAAAGAAGAAAUCGGCGACCGAGAAACCGCUCACUGACUUCUUCGACAAAGCUCAGCCCAAGCCUAAGUCGGCGCCGACGGUGCGGAAGGUCUCGAACAACAGCCAAGCGUCGAAAGCCAAGGCUCCGGCAAAGAAGGCCGCGAAGAAGGUCGUCGACAGUGAUGACGGCAUUUCGAUGGACGAGGAGCCCCCGGUAGCGCGGAAACGCGUUGAAGCUCCGAGGCGGACGGCGAGGGCUGCACCGAAGACGUACAUCGACAUCUCAGACGAGGAUGAAGGCUCUGGUUCGGAAUUUGAAGAUUUCGACUAG